CUUUGGGGCGCCACAUAAAUCGAGGUGCAAGAAGAGAGGCAAAUCUUCAGGUACCUACAGGGUUAAUUUAUUCAAAAAAAGAAAUACUCAACAUGCAAAAGUCUUGUGACGAGAGUGAAGGAAAACCCCAGAAUACACCAAAGGCAGAUGAAGGCCAUCCUUCAGAAGACUCACCUCAGCAGGCAAGAGGAAAUCUUCAGGCUUCUGGAGAAAGUGUGGGGGAGGAUGCAGAUGGAAGUCUUAGAGCAGAGCCUGCUCAACCCAGUCCUGAACCCAAAGAGGACACUCCCACAAGGCAUCUGAACCCUGAUGAAGUGAUAAGAGGAGUGGAUGAGUUGGAAAGGCUUAGGGAAGAGAUAAGAAGAGCAAGAAACAAGUUUGUGAUGAUGCAUUGGAAACAAAGACAUUCCCGAAGCCGUCUGUAUCCUGUGUGCUUCAGGCCUUGA